UAUGUUAGUUGAGCAGUGAUGCUGUUUGCUUGUUUUCGUGUCCUGAGGAAAUAAUGGUGAUAGAGAUAUGACAUUGUCAUAAUUUCACAAGAAAUCUGCACAUUUUCUUUUCCAGAUAGAUCCAGAAACCAAAAAAGGACACAUCUUUUAAUUGAUCUGCCGAUCCCAAAACCUCAGCUAUUUUCACGAUGGCGCUGAACUUGAAGGCAUCAUUAAUCCUAACUCAUGUUCCGAGUAGAACUGGGUUGAGAUCCACUAGGAAAGGGGUGCAAAAAGUGAUGAUGAGCGGAGCGACGGGAGUACCCAAGUAUAAGGGGACGCAGAUGAGAGAGAAACAGCUGACGGAGAUGAUAGAGAAGAAAGUGAAGGAAGCUAAGGAGGUGUGCGGGGAAGACGCCAGGUCCGACGAGUGCAAGGUGGCAUGGGACGAGGUCGAAGAAGUCAGUCAGGCUAAGGCCCAUCUGCGCAUCAAGCUUCAGCUCAAUCAAGAUCCCCUUGAACCUUACUGUCAAGAUAACCCUGAGACCGAUGAGUGCCGUAUCUAUGAACAUUAAUUAAUUAAUUACGCUCUUUCAUUGUUGUACUUCUAGUUGAUCUCUACUGUAUUUCUCUCUUCUCCUGCGUACUGCAGCAGUUUACUUAAUAAAUGGAAAGUCCGAGCUUUCAUCUUCACAA